AUUUCAGGAGGAUGAUGAUCAUCCCUGUAUUUGUUUUACGCUUUCAAGACUAGAUGAUUUGCUAUGCUGAUUAAAUAAUCAUGACAACCAUCUGUUCCGUCUAUCCCAGGCAGGUUAUAAAUCUGCGUGGAGGUCUUGCUCUUUGUUCCAGAUGCUCCAGGCAACAAACGAAUUAUCGCUCAAUCUCAUUUUUUUCCUCAGAAAAUAAUUAUCAAGCUCGCUUACAGAGACCCAAAAGUGAUACCUCUAAGUUGGGUUACUUGCCAACAUCCAUUAGAUCAAUAAGGUCGUUUCAUAAUUCGGGUAACCUUUAUAAUGGUAAAAACUAUUACGAAAUACUGGGAGUAUCAGAAAACGCUUCUGUAAAAGAAAUCAAGAAGGCGUAUUACGAACUCGCGAAGAAAAACCACCCCGAUGUUGCGAAGAGUAAUCCAAAUGCUGCUAAGAAAUUUGCCGAGAUCUCAGAAGCAUACGAAGUCUUGGAGGACGACAACAAACGGGCCGAGUAUGAUGCUUCGAGACGUGCAGGAUUCGGAGGCGCUCCUUUCGGUACUGGUGGCGGUGGUGCCGGACAACAGUGGCAGUACCAGUCUAACAUAAACCCAGAAGAGUUGUUCAGAAAUAUUUUCGGAGGCGGUAUGGGUAAAAAUAUGUUCGAUGAGGAUCAGUUUCAGUCUGCGAGCUACCCGAAGGAGUAUGUGAUGAAUCUGACGUUCAAGGAGUCCUGUUUAGGCAUCAAGAAGGAUUUGGAUGUCACGGUUAAGGAGAAAUGCAAUUCGUGCAAGGGUUCUAAAGCAGAGCCAGGAUCGAAAGUGUCCAAGUGCAAGAACUGCAACGGAUCUGGAAUGGAGACAUUUUCUCAAGGUGGUUUUAUCUUGCAGCAGACUUGUAGGUAUUGUAGAGGAAAGAAGAAAAUAAUCGAGGUUCCAUGUCGCAAUUGCCAAGGCUCUGGCAGUGUUGAAACAUACAAGACGGUUGUUGUGCCAGUGCCUCCAGGAGUUUCCGAUAAUCAAACUCUUCGCAUGGUUGUCGGAAGUGAAGAGGUCUUCGUGACAAUGCGAGUCAUGCCCAGUUCCAUUUUUAAACGAGUCGAUUUCGAUGUAUACUCGGAUAUUGAAAUCUCGGUGUCACAAGCAGUUUUAGGUGGUGUAGUCCACGUGCAAGGGUUAUACGACUCAGUUCGUCUACGAAUUCCGAAAGGCACAAGUUCACAUGAGAAAUUUAAAAUAGCGGGAAAAGGAGUGAGAAAAUCGCGUGUAGGGGAAAACUUUGGAGAUCAUUUUGUGACUGUAAAGAUUUCAGUUCCAUCCAAUCCGACAGAUAUUCAGAGAGCAUUGAUGGCUGUUUUUGUCGAGACGGAUCCAGACAAAAAGUCAUCAACGACAGGAGUUAAUUUAGAAGGUGUUCCGAUUCAACUAGUAGAUGCAAUUAAAUCUGGUUUUCUGUCAGGAGGAAAAACUGAACAGUUGGACGAAAGUUUAGAGGAUGCUGUUUCAAAACAGACAGUUGAGAAUGUUGCACCAAGUGGAGACAAUAAUAGCGACGGCGAGCCGCAUGCCAAUAAAAGCUGAUUGAUAUAAAUUGAAUUGUUAUCUGUUUCAUGGAAUCUAAAAUGUAUUCAAAUUUUGUACUGCCUCGCUACCACCAGAAAAAAAACUAUCAAAGCUGA